AUGACUGGAGACACUCGAGGAGGACUACGAAGUGAAAUUAUGGCAAACUGGAUUAGCAGUAAGGAUUUAACAUUGUGGAAUUUGGAGUUGGCCUUUGGCAUCCCAACAUACGAGAGAGUCCAUACAUCUGGUGGGGUCUUCAAAAGUAUUAUCGAUUUCUUCUUGUUGCGAGAGGAGCAAUUCCAUGAUAUGCAGAUGAAAAUCCAUGACGAACUCGCCCUGGACUCUGACCACCACCUUUGUGAGCUAUUCUUUCAGCCUGUGUUCAUACCACAGCUCCUGACAGAAAACUCAGUCUGUCAACUUUGGAAGCUUCAACGACUGGAAAUCAAAGAGGUCUACAAAAAAUACCAAAGACGAUUUGAAGUGGGUUCAGAUACACUUCAACAAGAGAUUCAACAAACCCUGGAAGACACUUCCAUAUUGUGCCCUGUUGUCUUGGAGGCCUAUUCACAACGUCUCAAUGAGACGAUCUAUAAGGCUUUGGAUGAUUCUGUUGGGCGAGUGUCACCACGACCAAAAGUUUGGAAGAACUUUUGGAAUGCCGAAUUACAACACCUAGCUGACCAGCGUCAAGAACUUUACCAUUGGCAACGCCGGGUAGGCAAUGACUUUGAACGUAUUAAAGCCCAUGCUGAGUAUGUUGCAGCAAACCAAGAUCUGCAAACAGCAGUUUGGGCGGCACGACAACAAAUCUGGUAUGAUUUCUGUGACAAAAUCCAAAAGGCUCCUUCAGAGAUGGUGAGCACGUUAAAGAGAAUGGAGAUUUGGUGA